CAAACGUGAAAUUUUUAAGCAAUUCGGGUGACCAAACUUGCAAUUAAGCCUAAAAUAAAAUCUCGGUACGUUUUAUAUCAAAGUACCUUCAAAACCCAAAAACUGUCCAACAAAAUCUAAAAUAUCCCAUUUCAAAAAAUACCAGCCGUCACAAACUCACAAUCGGACGAUCUAAAGCACAUACAAAAAAGUUAAAAAGUAAAAAUUGGGCAAAAUCUUAUUUGGCGCUAAAAAGGCAGUUUCUAAACGUUGGUGGGAAAACAUCCCCGAGUGCUCCCUUCAAAUCCGGCGGCCAGCGACCGUAUCAGAUCGGCAAAGGCGAAAACUUUGAUCCACGCCGUAGGCAACCCUUUUUCCCCAUCACAGCUUGGUGUUUUCUUCCUCAGGUAGAAUUUGCCUCCGUCUACUCUCGUCUCCUGUGCAUCUGCUUUUUUGGCUUCGUUUGAUUUCCGCUUGCUUUGCCUUAUCUCCUUUUAGGGUUAUGGGCUCAUAGUUGAAGGUCUCCCUUUUUCGUUUUCUUGUCUUCAAUAAUCGCUUGUAGCAAUUAUUCUAAUUUCCCGUCCCCAAUCCCCGUUGAACUCUCUGUCCUUCUUAAAGGCAACUCCUUUAUGGAUGCAUCAUCUGGGAAAGGAAAAUCUCAUUUAUAGCUGCUUGUGCUUGAAAAUGCCAAAACCUAGCUUCAUUGUUAAUACCCAUCUAGUAUCUACUCCAUGUCUAUUUUGAGUUAUUGUAAGAAGUCCAAAUCAGCUCUGUAAUCAUUUUGUUCUUUAGUGUUUCGAGAUUUUAACUUUCUGUUUGUGGCAGGAGAAGUUUGUCGUUGUUCUUGAACUAUAGCUCAUUAGUUAAACCAGUGACGGUACAUGUGAUUGAUUACGGGGGUAAAAGUGGAUGAGAAUGUAAUGGUGAUUGGUGUUGAAUUUGAUGGUUUUCAUCCUGUGGUUAGUGUCGAUGCUCCGGAGUCAUUUCGCCAUAGAUUGAGCUAUUCCCGUGCAGUAAAACUAGGGAAUAAAGUCUCAUUUCAGCUGCUACUUAGAAUUUAUGAUGAUGGUGAAGAUGGGGAUGGUGAAAACUGCGGUGGAUGUAAUGUGGGCUGUGAUGAAGUGAAGGAGGAAUAUCAUGAGAUUUCCAGUGAUGAUGAUGAAGAUGAUUGUGUUAAAGGGCAUGCUUGCCGACCAACGAAACCACCAGAUAAAAGGUACGAUGAGGAAGCCUCUCCUGGUAACGGUCCUGGUUCGAGAAAAGAUGAACGUGGUGAUGAUUCUUUUGACUGUAAAGAUUUUGAAAAAGGUUCUUAUGGAAAGUGUGAAGAAGAAGAGUGUGAAAAACCUCGCCCUCCUAAGUGUGAAUCUGGUUUUCACGAUAUGAAGGUGCCUUGCAAUGAUAAUCCUCGGAGUUCAAAUUCGGGUCCAGGAGAUAAUCCGGAGAAGAAGCCUGAUGAGGAUUGCUUUGAGGGAAAUAAGACAUUUGGGGAAGAUGAAAAUUAUUUCCCUGAAGAAUGUCAGACUCCUGAGUACUGUAAUGGCACUACCUUUCAACAAGAGGAAAAAAGAACCAAUGAUCAUCAGUUUGAUUGCCGUGGAAGUUUUCCUUUCGAUGAGGAACAAUAUGCUGAGUUUGUAUCUGACUUCCGUCCACCUCAAAGCAGCAAUCCAUCUCAUCCAGCUACAACUAAGUACGCUAGCCAUGUUGUUCAGGACAGUAUAGUUGACGAGCGAGAGAAAAUGAAGAAGACCGAUGAAUACAAACGUGCAGUUGAAGCAGAAUGGGCAGCAAGGCAGCAGGAAAUUCAAAAUCAGGCAGAAGAGGCACAAAGAUUGCGUAAGAAAAGAAAGCUUGAGAUUAGUGAGGCAAUAAAGAAGGCACAAGAGGCAGAGAGACAGCUUAAGAGGAAGAAGGAAGCUGAGUUGCGUGCUUCAGAGAUUAAGACGAGGCAGGAACAGCGAGUAAAAGAAAUGAGGGAGGCAAAGAAGAAGGAUGAGCUAGAUGGGAAGGCGAAAGAGAGAUAUCGUGCUGAAAUUAAAAGGAAAAUUUCUCUGCUGCAAGUUCAAUGCAGAGACUUGCCAUCACUGCUACGCAAUUUGGGGUUCAGAAUUAAUGGUGGCGCCAAUCCUUCUCCAGAAGAGGUGCGUAAGGCUUGUAGAGAAGCUUUGCUGAAGUACCAUCCUGAUCGCUGGCCGAAAACUGACAUUCGUCAGCAGGUUGAGGCCGAGGAAAUGAUCAAACUAAUUAAUCUGAUGAGAGGAUAGUUCUUCUCUUCACUACCAAUGUCAAAGGACUAGUUGUAACAUAACCAAAUACUUACAAACUGGUCUUUCCAAUCUGUCUUUGUAAGCCUAUGCUAGUUUAUAACCUGAUUCAAUCUGACUAAGGAUAGAAGAAAUGGUAAUAGUGGGAGCGAUCAUCUUGUUACAAGCAAACGUAGCUCGGUUAAUAGUUUUGUCGAGCUUGUAAAUUAGUGAUUAUGUUGUUACUGGUUUAUUAAACCCUCAAUAUAAUCUCACCUUUAUA